AUGCCCGGGCUGCGAAGCUUUCCGACCAUCAAGACUGUGCACUCCUACGUCAUUCAGGGCGUCGGCUCUGGUGGCGACUAUCACAAUGUAGCGGGGGGUCACUGGCUUGUCGACUCUCCCAUCUCAACCCCCUGCUCCCGUUGGGAGAAGUACAGGACAUCUCGGACAAGCUGGGGCAUCAAUGUCCUUGGGUCCUUCUUUGUCGAGAUAGAAGCCAGUGAUGGCACCGUCGGCUUUGCGACUGGCUUCGGCGGUCCCCCAGCAUGCUGGCUCAUCCACCAGCACUUUGAGCGCUUCUUAAUUGGCGCCGAUCCACGAAACACGAACAUCAUUUUCGAGCAGAUGUACCGCGCUUCGAUGUUUUAUGGUCGCAAAGGACUCCCUGUCGCUGUCAUAUCGGUAAUUGACCUCGCCAUUUGGGACCUGCUAGGAAAGCUCCGUGGGGAACCAGUCUACAAGAUGAUUGGAGGGGCAUCACGAGACCGUAUUAACUUUUACUGCACAACCCCUGACUCGGCGGCCGCCAAAGCUAUGGGCUUCUGGGGUGCCAAGGUCCCCCUGCCUUACUGUCCAGAGGAGGGUCCAGAAGGCCUCAAAAAGAACGUCGAGUUCCUGCGCAAACACCGCGAGGCCGUCGGUCCGGACUUCCCUCUCAUGGUCGACUGCUACAUGUCUCUCAACGUACCCUACACCAUCGAACUAGCAAAGGCCUGUUUAGACCUCAACAUUCAUUGGUGGGAGGAGUGUCUCAGUCCUGACGAUACCGAGGGUUUUGCGCUGCUCAAGCGAGCACAUCCCACUCUCCGUUUCACGACCGGUGAACACGAAUAUUCUAGGUACGGGUUCCGCAAGCUCAUAGAGGGUCGUAACGUGGACAUUCUACAGCCCGACGUUAUGUGGGUGGGCGGUAUGACUGAGCUGCUGAAGAUUGCUGCCAUGGCUGCUGCAUACGACAUACCCGUUGUACCCCAUGCCAGCGGCCCGUACAGCUACCACUUCGUUGUCAGCCAGCCGAAUACCCCGUUUCAGGAGUACUUGGCCAAUUCUCCUGAUGGCAAGUCAGUCUUUCCUGUCUUUGGGGAUUUAUUCCUGGAUGAACCUAUCCCCACCAAAGGCUUCUUGACCACGGCGGAUUUGGACAAGCCUGGAUUUGGACUGACCGUGAAUCCGACCGCGAGGGCGAAGCUUAUCCAGCUUGGAGACACAAGCUUAUCUGCCAUCCCUCCUGCCCCACAUAUUCCCAAUGGCCAUGCCAGGAAUCACGAGGACAAGAGCAAAAAGUAA